ACCGAUUGAUGAGAGAAAAGAAUCUUCAUUUCACUACUGGGCACCAGUCUGGUAACAUCUGAAAAAGAUGUUGCCUAAACGUCUCAUCGUUGGCUUGAUAAGCCUUUGUCUUAUGAUCAGAUGCACUGGUGGUAAUGAGAGGUGUGGGGCCUCCAUUAGAGGGGCAUGUCCUCCUGCUUGGAGCCGGUGGGGUGACAAAUGCUACAAGCAACUCAGCGAGGAUCUACCAUGGGCUGAGGCAAAACAGGAGUGCAUCAAGAUGGGAAGUGUCUUGGUCAUGCCACAGUCUCAGGAGGAAACUGAGUUCCUUCUGAAGAACCUGGCCCCCUUCUUUCGGAUCAACUGUAAUGAUCUUCAAGUUGAAGGUACAUGGGUGUGUCAAGAUGGCACUACUGAUGUGGAGUACAGAAACUGGAGGGAGGAGACUGGUGAACCUAAUAAUGGCGCGGGAGGAGAGGAUUGUGCAGUGACAGACAAAUCUGGUUGGAAUGAUGUAUCAUGUGAGUUUCAUGCUCCCACUAUCUGCAAACGGCCUGCACCACAACUGCACUUUUAA